AUGCUCUUCCUGCCAGCGCUCCUCCUAUUCCUCCCUACGGCACACGCACAGCGCUCGAUCUUCGACUUCUACCGGGAGGUGUUGGAUAUCCCUUUCGGAGCUACCAGAGACAUCAAGUUCUUCGAGAAGGAGUACGACUUCAUCGUAAUAGGUGCCGGAUCUGGCGGCAGUGUCGUAGCCAAUAGACUCACAGAGAGGCCCGAUUGGUCCGUACUCCUCGUCGAAGCCGGUAAAGAAGAGAUUUUGAUCACCGAUAUUCCUCUAUUAGUUUCUUACAUCCUAAGCACCGAGUACAACUGGGGAUAUUCUACAGAGCCGCAAAAAGGCGCAUGCCUCAGCAUGAACUAUGGCAAAUGCAAUUGGCCCAGAGGUAAAGCAAUGGGUGGUACCAGUGUUAUUAAUUAUAUGAUUUAUACAAGAGGUUUCAAAGCUGAUUAUGACUUGUGGAAGUCACUUGGAAAUUAUGGUUGGGGAUACGAAGAUGUCCUGCCUUACUUUUUGAAGUUGGAGAAUAUCAAUAUACUUGGCCUUAAUAGAUCUAGAUACUACGGAAAAGGUGGUUACAUGAAUAUCGAAAGACCGAAAUGGAGGACUCCGUUGGCCAAAGCUUUUCUCGAAACUGGAAGAAAUCUCGGUUACCCGGUAGGUGAUAGAGAUAGCUUAAGCAAUGACGGUUUUUCCUAUGUCCUAACGACGACAAAAAACGGGGCGAGAAUGAGUGCUUCGAAAGCGUUCCUGAGGCCGAUAAGAGAUAGGAAGAAUUUACAUGUUUCGAAGAGAACGAAAGCCACCAAAAUAUUGAUAGAUAAAAGAACUGGCAGAACUGUUGGAGUAGAAGUUGUGAAAAACAGGAAAAAAUACGUUAUACGUGUGAGAAAGGAAGUGAUCUUGUCCGCUGGGAGUUUAAAUUCGCCACAACUCCUUAUGUUGUCUGGGAUCGGUCCCAGUGAGCAUCUUCGGCAACUGGGGAUACCAGUUAUAAGAGAUUUGAAAGUGGGUUACAAUCUUCAAGAUCACGUAUCUAUGGCCGGAUUGGCCUUCUUCAUCAAUGAUACCAUCUCCAUUGUCGAAGAUAGGUACAGGAAUCCUCGUUAUAUCAUCGACUACUGGCUGAAUGGCAAGGGACCAUAUACUCUUCCGGGUGGCGCUGAAGCUCUGGCAUUCUACGAGACCAAGUACAAUCAUAGAUCUGGUCACCCAGAUAUCGAGCUCGUCUUCGGUCCUGGGGCCUUUACAGGUGACAUCGGUGGCUCGAUUAGAAAAAGUUACAACAUGAAUGAGAGUUUCUACGAAGCGGUGUACAGGCCCUUCGAAGGGCGAGACGCCUACAACAUCGUCCCAGUCCUGCUCCAACCUCGUAGUAGGGGAAGGGUACUACUCCGUUCGAAGGACCCUUUCCAUUGGCCAUUACUUUAUGCCAACUAUUACACCGACAAAAGGGACCUUCUUACGAUGGUCGAAGGGAUAAAACAGGCUUCCGCCAUGAGUCUCCAAGCAGCUUUAGGCUGUUCUCUUAAAGCCAGUGAGCACGUAGCUUACAACCGGACGAUAUCAUAA